ACUCAUCGUCAACAAAAACUACUACGUUGGAGAUUUUGGCAGACGUCGUCGUUUUUGUCUUCGCUGUAGAAAUAGCAGAAAAUCAGUUAAAGCAGUUCCUGUUCGACUGGCAUCAAGAAAAUAUAUCAGCAGUGGUAGUAGGCAGUAAAGUGUGGUGAAACAGAAGUGCAAAAAAAAGGAUAUUUCGUAAGAAUAGAAAAAACAGAGCUAGGGCUGACGUAGAAAUUGGUGAAAAAAUUGUAUCUCCUAUUGAAUACGUCUGGUGAUUAAUUGAAUUUAUUAAUGAGGUCGAUUCGGGGGAAGGAUUUUAAUCGUUACGCAUUGGGCAAGUCAUCAUUUUUUCGUCGUCAUUUCAAUUAUUUUCCUCAGUAAAAAUUAUCUUGUAUGUAUUAGACAAGGUAAAGUUGUGGGGUGAGAGGGGUAAUCAGGCUGUGAGUUUUGCGUAUGUGUGAGCGAGAGGAGUGGAAACGGAAAAAGUUCAACAAAGGAAAGUGUCGAAGAUCUCAAGCUGCUAGCAGUAGCUGAAGUAAGAGGGAUAGGUGGAAGCAAAGAGGCGAGUUCUCUUUUGCUUUUUCAUCAUCAAAUGGCUGACAGCAGUGUGAAUGCAAAGUGUAGUGAUGGUGUUUCGUAUUUUGAUAGCUCAGUGAAGGAAAAAAUGACUUUACACAAUAAUCCGUCAAAUAGCUCGUCAUCGGCCAGUGGAUCCACUGGAGGAGCUGGUGCAGGCACUUCCGGUGGCCAGACGGUGAUGGUCGAUCGUUUGAAGCUACUGUAUCCGAACGUUAACGAGGCUGUCGAUCCGUUACCUCGUUUCUGGAGCUCCCAAGACAAGUGCACCACCAUCGGACUGACCCAGAAUAAUUUACGUGUUCAUUACAAAGGAGUAGGCAAAUCACACACAGAUGCGGCAUCGGUUCGCACGCCAUAUCCAAUUCCUGCCGCAUGUGGGCUGUAUUACUUCGAAGUGAAGAUAAUCUCCAAGGGACGGGAUGGUUACAUGGGUAUCGGAUUGACUGCACAUCCCCACUUUAAGAUGAAUCGGUUACCGGGAUGGGAUAAGCAAUCGUACGGAUAUCACGGAGACGACGGAAACUCAUUCUGCUCGUCUGGCAAUGGGCAACCAUACGGACCCACCUUUACCACCGCUGAUAUUAUUGGUUGUGGUGUAAAUUUAGUCGAUAAUAACUGUUUCUACACUAAAAACGGCCACCAUUUAGGAAUAGCUUUUAGAGACUUGCCGCCACGAUUAUAUCCCACAGUGGGACUACAAACACCCGGUGAAAUAGUAGACGCCAAUUUUGGCCAGGAGCCAUUCAAGUUUGACAUCGAAGAUAUGCUGAAGGAACUGCGAGCGGCGACCAAAGCGACCAUCUACAAUUUCCCCCUGCCAGACGAUCAGGGCGACUGGACUCUGAUCUUGCACAAAAUGGUCUCCUCGUAUUUAGUUCAUCACGGUUACAGUUCGACGGCGGACACCUUUGUUCGGACUACCGGACAGUCGCUGCAGGAGGACAUGGUGUCGAUAAAGAAUCGACAAAAAAUAAUCAAACUAGUGCUAUCGGGGCGCAUGGGACAAGCAAUCGAGCAAACGGUACGCCUAUAUCCUGGCUUACUAGAGUCCAAUCAAAACUUGCUAUUUAUGCUGAAAUGCAGGCAGUUCAUCGAAAUGGUGAAUGGAUCUGAUUUCGACCUGGGAGGUUCAACUCACACGAGUCCAGUGCAAACGUCGGUGAUACAAUCGACAAAAAGUUUUCAAAAUGGAAACUCAAUUCUCCCGGAUAAUACAGACAAUCAGGGUUUUAGUAAAAACAAUGUCCUUAGUAAUAAUGGCACGUGUAUUGAAGACGACUACUCCAACGACGUGGAGAUGGAGAAUGGCCAUACGAAUAAUGUUAACUCGAACGGCUACAAGAAUGGAACCUCCAACAACACCUUGAACGAUUCGCUCGAGGAAGACGACGAGGACGACGACGACGACGACGAAGCCCGGGAUGAAGAUAUGGAUGUUGAUUCAUCACUAUCGCCAAACUGCAAGUCCGCUGCCAGCGCUGGAUCCGCCCGAUCCGGUGUCGAACGAAUGUUGGCAUUCGGAAGAGAACUAUUCCAAAUGAGCCAACGGUUGGAGAAGGAACAAGGAGUGAAUGAAACCAAUCAGAAAAUGUUAGAGGAUGCAUUUAGUUUAUUAGCGUAUUCUAACCCGUGGUCAAGCCCGCUAGGUUGGCAACUGUGUCCAUCGCGUCGAGAGUCCGUUUGUGCUGCCCUCAAUUCUGCCAUACUAGAAUCACUCAGCUAUUCAUGGCGACCACCGCUGGAGGUGUGUAUAGCGCAUGCAUGUGAACUGCUCCGUCUAAUGUCAAGCUCAUCCCUCGGCGCCUGCGCGUUCGUCAGCGUGGAAGAUGUUCUCAGGCAACAGCAGCAACAUUGACUGCAACUGUUUCUUACGCUGUCCUCUUAUUUCAAUGCCUAAACUGUCGGUUGCGCCAUUACUCCAUCCCAUGCAUAAUACGCUGCGUCGCAUGAACUAUUUCUACUGCUCCCGUUCUAUUCUCACACACCCGACUUGUCAUAUUAGCCUGUGGUUUCUGGUGUAUAAACUGUUCUAAUAGAACUAUCGAGUGUUGGGUGAAAAUUUCGGUGCCGAUGCCCGAUAGAUGAUUGUAUAUUUUAAUUUAUUUUUGCUAUGCGUUAUUAUUGUCGCUUCCAAUUUAUGUUGUUGCAAAAAGCCUUCCCACAAAAAAAUAUGCCUCUUUCCCUUGAGGACAGUAGAAAUAGUAGUGACAUCGUGAUCCACUAAUCGAAAUGGUGUAUAAAACAAACACAAAUUGAAACGUUAGAUUGUAUUAAUUAUGGGUUGCCUAAUAUUUUAUCACAAAAAGCUUCUUGUUUUUUUAUUUUAGUUACAUUUUGAGUUUAUUUGAAUUUUUGGUAAAUCUAAGCAACACAAUACACUAGCAUUCUAUGAAGGAUGUAAAAAUGAAUAAACAAAAAGAGAAAACAUUUUGAAUACUGCAGCAACAUCCAUAUUUCCAUGCAUCGGCGCGUAGAAACAUUUUUAUUAAGGAGGAUAAUUUUACAAAAGCAACUAGUUAAGAUUAUGCGAUAAGGCGAUGACAAAGAUAAGUGAAAAUCGCUCUGGUAACUAUAAAUAACAAAACAUUUACAAGUAAAGGAUGACACAGUUGAUCAUAUGCAUGUUGCGAGUACUUGUUAGCCAAGUUUUAGUUUAAUUUUUGUUUUUGAUUUCCUCUAAUAGCUUAAGGUUUCUUAAUAUCUUUGUGAAAUUAGCCCUUCUCCAUUGUUGGCUUAGUCGUUCUCAAACAUUGUGUUUUAACUCGUAAUCAGGUCAGAAGUAGAAAAUCUUAAAAGAUUUCGAUUUUCACAGCAUCCCAUCUUGGAACCGAAGACUCGAUCGAAUUGAAUAAAAGCGCGUUUACGUAUCUUUCAAGCUUCAACUUAAAGUACUCAUUGUUAUCGUCCGAUAUAGAAGAACUGAAUGAAUAUUUCAAACACUCUCGAUCUAAAUUUAGUUAAAUGUUUUUUGGCUUACAAAAAAAUCAACACACGUGUACAACUCGCAGUGUAUAUUUUAUGAAAUGCUUGGAAGUUAGAGUUUGCUGUGUUUCCAGUUAUUUAAAUAAAGUGCGUCUUCCAAAGAACAAACGAAAUUCUCUCCGCAUAAUCUUAAAUUGAUUUUCAUAACUUUCCUUCUCUUUGAAAUGACCAAAUUCCCAUUCUGUGACAGUUUAUUAGAUAUUGUUAUCAGAUCUUAUUUAGUACUGCUUUGUAAAAAUCAGUUUUGUCCAUUUGUAGUGGCUUCAUCCAACGUAUGCACUUUACUCGUAUGCAAACAAUUCGUCUAUUUAGACAGACGGGAAAACUGUUCUGUUAGUGCUCAGAGCAUAUUGUAAAUGAAAAUUUGAAUAAAAGUAUACAGCAAAGAAGGUGAGCAAGAUAACGUUAUUGAGUGUAGCGGUAAGCAAGUAAUCAAUAACUAAGUAGAGAAAGAGAGUUCACACACGUAUAAUGAAACAAUACAAGUAAAGCAUUAACGAUAAUUAAUUUGAAAUUAAGUUCGAAAACUAUAUAUUUAAGAGAUGAGUUUUGUGAAAUAACUGUGAAUAUCGAAGCUAAAACAGAAAAAAAGAAGCAAACAGAUGAUAAGAAGUAAUAAAAGUUUUAAUUUUAAAAUCUAUAAA